AUGUCGCGCAACCGCAAUUCCCGCGGCCCGAACCGCAACAGCGGGAACGCGCAGGGGGAAGAAGCCCAUCUAUGGAGUCAGAUCAAGGACGAUAUCCGGGGCAUGGUCGAGGACGUCAACAACAGCAACGACUCAAUUCGCGACGUUGUGGCACAGGACAACUACAUAUCAAAAAACAAGGACACCAUUGAUGUUGCGGCAGAGGAGCAAAAACUCGAUAGCCUACUGCGAAGCGGCGUUAAGGGCUCCGACAUCUCGAAGCAACAAAUCGACGCACUCAUCGAGCGAGUCACAGUCUUGAAGGCGUUGGUGAAGGCAAGGGAGGAGACCGAGGCGCAAGCCGGAGGACCAAGCGGCUCAUCUGGGCGGGAGAGGCCAGGCGGGUUGUUGUCGGCAACAGGGCGUUCUGGAUCUGCACGGGGAGCGGGCGCAAGAGAGAAAGAUCGGGAGCGGGACCGAGAUAGGGACAGAGAACACCGUGAUCGGGACAGGGAUCGAGAUCGAGAUCGGGACCGCGAGCGUGAUCCUGGGUCUGUGUAUGAGUUUGACGGCUCCGGUGACUCUCCUGUGCCAUCGCCAGCGGGUAGAAAGUUGGGAAGUGUCGCGGGGGGAAGCGAACGUUCAGCCAACCGUGACAGUGUGCCACCACGCAGCGGGGAUCGAGAUACGCCAGGGAAAUCUGAUAGUGUCCCCCCGGAAUCCGCCGGACUCGCCGCCACCGCCGCUCAGCGGGCUAAGAUCUCGUUCUUCAAGGGUCAAGAUGUCGUCUUCAAACCGAAGCCGACAACCACGACGGAAAGCACUGAAUGGAUGCUGGGUAAAGUGCAACAGGUCCUUGGUGAGGGCAAGUCGCGGCGAUACAAGGUACAGGAUGCCGACCCCGACUUGCCCCCAGACCAGAGGGUUGAAUACCGGACCAGUGCGAGCAGCAUGAUCCCGAUACCGGCAGCGGGCACCGAGCUGCCUGACCUCGACAAGGGAAAGACAGUCUUGGCCCUCUAUCCCGACAGUACCACGUUUUACAAGGCCGAGGUAAUGGGGAAGGAUGCGGCCACAAGCAGAGUCAGCUUGCGGUUUGAGGGAGAGGAAAACAAUGUCACGCUGCAACUUGUUGACAGGCGGUUCGUCGUCGAGUAUCGGAAUUAA